AGAAGGACAAAGUCAUUGAGCAGGGUCGCUAGUCGGCCUCUGAGCGGAGCUGCCGGUGGAGCAGCGGGAACUUGAGUGGGCGCCGCCGCCAUUUUAGAGGGCCGCCAUGUUCUCGUCCGUCGCGCCGCUCGCCCGCCUAAAUCCAUUCCACGCGCCCCACUUGCAGCUGCUCCAGGACGGCGUGAGGAAGCGCCCGGAUCCCGCCGAGCCGCCCAGCCCCAGGAGGAGCCUGGCGGCCGCCGCUAUCGCCGAAGAGGAAUACAGUUGUGAAUAUGGCUCGCUCAAGUUUUAUGCUCUCUGUGGUUUUGGUGGGGUCCUAAGUUGUGGCCUGACGCACACUGCAGUCGUACCUCUGGAUUUAGUGAAAUGUCGUAUCCAGGUGGACCCACAAAAAUACAAAAGCAUCUUCAAUGGAUUCUCAGUUACAGUUAAAGAAGAUGGCUUUCGUGGUCUGGCGAAGGGAUGGGCUCCAACUUUCUUUGGAUAUUCUAUGCAAGGGCUCUGCAAAUUUGGUUUCUAUGAAGUAUUCAAAGUCCUGUAUGGCAACCUACUAGGAGAGGAAAACUCAUAUUUGUGGCGUACGUCACUAUACUUGGCUGCCUCUGCCAGUGCAGAGUUUUUUGCUGAUAUUGCUCUGGCUCCAAUGGAAGCUGCAAAGGUUCGCAUUCAGACACAGCCUGGAUAUGCUAACACUUUGAGACAAGCUGCUCCAAAAAUGUUUGCAGAAGAAGGUGUAUGGGCGUUCUACAAAGGUGUUGUUCCUUUAUGGAUGAGACAGAUUCCAUACACAAUGAUGAAAUUUGCCUGCUUUGAACGUACAGUUGAAGCUCUUUACAAGUAUGUGGUUCCCAAGCCCCGGAGUGAAUGUUCCAAGCCAGAACAAUUGGUUGUCACAUUUACAGCUGGCUACAUUGCUGGUGUUUUCUGUGCCAUUGUUUCUCAUCCUGCUGACUCUGUGGUGUCUGUGCUGAACAAGGAAAAGGGCAGUUCGGCUUCACAGGUUCUAGUGAGGCUUGGAUUCAAAGGGGUAUGGAAGGGUCUGUUUGCCCGUAUUAUUAUGAUUGGUACGCUGACUGCACUACAGUGGUUCAUCUACGAUUCUGUCAAGGUUUAUUUCAGACUUCCUCGUCCACCUCCACCUGAAAUGCCAGAAUCCCUAAAGAAGAAGCUUGCUCUAACUGAAUAGACAAAUCAUGGACUGACUUUUCUGGUUGACCAGCAUUAAUGAGAAACUUCGCUCAUUGAACUUUUAUAUAUUUGAUCAUGUAGGAGACUAAAAUUCUGUAUCUGAUACAAUUAUUGGUUGUGCCCUUAUCCCAAGUGAGGGUUCAAAAACUUCUGUUGUCACUAUCUGUUUAAAUAAAUGGGAACUAGAGUCA